ACAGAUUCUUCAUUUUUGGUUUUUCGCUCAUCCGUCACAAAAAUGGCUGCGCUUAGAGUAUUCAGUCGUAAUUUACCGUAUUUACGACAGCAAUUUUCCGCUUUACUAGGAAACACGUCGCCAUCGGUGAAAUUUAUUUGUGUAGUAGUUAUUAUAGGGUACAUUCUAUCGUUUUCCGACGAUGUUGUGGACGUUCUCAGUGUCACUCCAGGGUAUUUGUUGCCUCCUUCUUUCCAACUGUGGUCUACUUUCACGUUUUGGUUUCUUGAAAUACAUUUGUGGGAGGUGAUCAUUGAUAUUGUGACAGUGGGACUAUGUGGGAAACUAAUUGAACCGUUAUGGGGUCAGGUGGAAAUGAUGAAGUUUUUCUUUCUGACCAAUGUUGGUGUUGCAUUUCUAACAACGUUCUACUAUCUAGUGAUAUUUGCGUGUACAGGACAAACGUCCUACUUGUUUGAUAUUCAUGUCCAUGGGCUAGCGGGUUACCUGGCUGCGGUGAGUGUUGCCGUGAAGCAGAUAAUGCCAGAUCAUCUGCUGAUAAAAACACCAUUAGGGAAAUUAACAAACAGAUCAUUGCCCCUCCUGAUUUUAAUAGCAGCUAUAAUUCUCUGGGCUAUUGGAGCUUUGGAGGGCACAUACCCUUGUAUGUGGGGCAGUGGCACUAUACUGUCCUGGAUUUACCUGAGGUUCUGGCAGAGGCAUAGCAGUGGCACAAGAGGAGACAUGGCUGAUAAUUUCAGUUUUGAUAAUUUCUUCCCCACGGUCCUGCAGCCAGUGGUGCGAGGAAUCUUAGGGCCGCCACAUCGUUGCCUGGUGCGACUUGGAAUUUGUUCGCCUAGCCCUCGUCGCGUGCAUCUUGCACUCAGUCCUAGAGGUGUCACCAUUUCAAUGCCAGGUGUGGAGCCACAAGAUAUGGAGAGACGAAGACAAAUCGCGCUCAAAGCAUUGAGCGAGAGAUUAUCGAAGACUUCCGAACAGACGCGACAAAAGAACCUUUCGACCAAAGUGAAUAUGGAUGCUGUGAGGAAAGUACAGUCACAGGUGAUACCGCAGUUCCCGGCUGACACUGCCACGUCGAGCCAGGCGGCCGCAGCCCCGCCCGAAGCCACGCUCGUUGACCUUACUGACCCCGUCCCGCCCACCACAAAACAAUCAUGAUCCUCAAAGAUUUAAACUAAAACAAAAGGCUGUUCACAGAACCAAUGUAGAAAUAGGUAUGGUUGAUUUUAUGAGUGCUUGAUCUCGAUCUCAGACACAGAUAUUCCAUAUUAAAAUGUGAAUUUAAUUAUAUUUAUGAAGUUUGUCAAUUGGUAAUUAACUAAUAGAUAGUUAUGAGCAUUUCAUGUACAUCACAAUCAUGAUAAAUGUGCAUUUUAAUUUGAUAGUUUGUAAGAAACAGCAUUUCUGCAAUGGCACUGUGAAUUUAUACGAAAUAGUAUUCAUUAUAUUUUUCUUUAUAAAAUCCAAUAGUUAUGGUUACAGUUGAAUGUAUGGGGUAUAAAAAGUAAAUAUUUUUUGCAGAUUUUAUUGCAUUUGUUGAUUGUGUCUAGCUGAGGAGUGUGAAAGAUGUGACAUAUUGUAAAUAUAAUUGAUAUUGAUUAGUGUUAAUUAAAUAAAUAUCUAAUCACUUA